AUGGAAAUAUUUGAUGUUGCACUUGAAUUGCAAGUUGAAUACAUUGUUUUCGCUGUUCUAGUAUUUUUGUUUAUAUUAUUUCUCGUGGUUUUGUGGAUUAUAUCAAAAGGAAAGAAAAAACAUAUUUUAGAUAAAAAUAUAAUUUUCCUGGCAGAUAUACCCCGCUAUUGCAAAUUUGCUUACCUAAUGGCUGUUUAUACUGAAAAGGGAUUUAAAAAAGGAACGACAUCAAAUAUAACAAUCAAGAUUUAUGGAGAUAAAUCCGAAACAAAAGAGCAUUGUAUUAAUUAUCCUGACCCUGAGAGACACUUCCUUCAAAGCGGUAACGAGGAUUGGUUCCUUAUUGGCUCCGAAAAUUAUUUAGGCAAAUUAAUCAAAAUGGAACUUUGGUUUGAUAGCAUUGGUAUGCAACCAACCUGGACAUGCAGUCACAUAGUAGUCUAUGAUUUACAGUCUACAGACUAUUGGUUGUUCAUAGUAAAGAAAAAAUUUUCACUUACAUCUCUUGAAGAAAUGAUAGUAACAGUUAAACCUCAACUCGAAGAACCCAAACGGAAAACUAGGAAGGAAAGAUUUAAAAUGUUCUGGACGGCUUACACCAAGGAUCAUUUUUGGCUUGUCAAAGUAGAAAAGAUUGACGCAUAUACAGAUAUCUUUCGCCUGACCACCAUAUAUUCAAUAAUACUUUCGAUCUUAAUGAUUUCAUUGGUACUUUAUGGAUUACCAACAUUUCAGAUUAGCGACUCUAUUGAAGUUUAUGGAGAAUAUCGCCUAAACGAAUGGCUAUUUUUGUAUGGGUUGAUAAGCUCCGUUGUAACGCUGUGUUUUCACUUCCCGCUGGUCUUAGUAUACGGGAAAUGCCAUGCUAAUUUUAAGGAAUCAAAAAAAACAAAGAAUAACAACUUUGGUAUUGGAUUUUGUUGGUUUAUUUUAAUUACAAACAUAAUAUUUUGCAAUACUGCUUUAUUAGUAUUUGGAUUUUAUGUGCCUGAAAUUACAAGUUUCCUUUGGCUUACCACGGCAUUUUUUGGAAUUGUAUUAUACGCCAUAAUUUUUGAACAUAUCACCAAAUUUGUUUACAGAAAACUGUUUCAACCUACUUUAAACGCUUUGAGAGUGCAAGAAAAAUUCCAAAUAAUAUUCGAGUUUAUCGAAGAACAGAGAUUGUUGCUUUAUAACCAUUUUGGACAACAUGGACUAAGGCCCUAUUUGGAACACCUUUACAAGCCGUUGAAUGACAUCGAGUUAAUUAAAAGAAAAGAGUUUUCUUAUAAAAGAUUGCUCGCUAUCGAAGCCCUUCAAGAUCUUAUAAUGUUCCUUAUUUACAUCGUCAUAUUGUACUUGGUAAUUUUGGUGCAUAAGGACGAUCUAACAGUCUACACCAACAAACAGGUCGAAUCUAUGUUAAAAGGAGACUAUAAGGGCGAAGAUACAACGGAAAAUAGUCACACACUAAAAAAAUAUAUAAAAUUUGUAAAUAAGACGCUGCUUAAAGCCAUACAGGACCCGACUUGGUACGAAGGCUACACUUCCAUCAGAAACGGAUUAAUGCAAGACAAGAAAAACUCAUUUCUGGGCGUUGCGCGAUUCAGGCAACAUCGCGUGGUGGAAAACGGUUGCAAGGUUUACCCUGCGAUGAGGUUUUUGAAUUUGAGCUGCGAUGCUGAAUACCACAUAGCACCACAAACUAGCGAUUCGGGCGAUUCGUGGAAGAAAAAACUGAACUUGUUUCAUCGCCUAAGAGACAUCUGGAAGUAUUCGAAAGAUGAAGAGAGCAAAAGUGAUGCGACUAGUGGUAAACUUAAUAGUUACCCUAAAGGAGGUUACGUUGCCCCACUCGGAAGAACACUGUCCAAUUCAUUGGUAAACUGGGAACAUAUAUACAGAUACAAAUGGAUAGACCAUUUAACAAGAUUGUUAAUAUUUGAAUUUUUAUCAUAUAAUGUCAAUACAAAUUUAUUUACCAAAGUUAAUAUUGAAGCCGAGUUUAGUAGUACUGGAUGGGCACUGCUUCAUGUGAAAUCUGUAACAUCAAAACUAUUGUUUCUACCAAGUGAUAAAACUGGAUUUGUCCAAGUAGUGAUCGUCGGAUUCCUGACAAUGUUGGGAAUCUUCGUCUUGAGGAUUUUCGUUAGACUCGUGAUGAACAGGAAAUACCUUUUAAGUGACUUCGAUUUAUGGUUGCUGGUCGACGUUAUCAUCAUAUUUUUGUCGAUAGCUAUUGUUAUUAUGAUAAAGAUCAGAGAUAAUAAAGUAAAAAGUUUCCUUGAUGAACUUGAAAGAACAAAGAACAACGAAUUUAUCACAUACGAAUAUUUAUUUCAAACUGACGAUAUUGUGACUAUGUUGGCCGCGUUUUUAGUAUGCGUUUCCACAAUACGGCUGUGGAAAUUGUUAAGAUUCCUGGUAGUUUUUAGAAUUAUGGAACGUGCAAUGGUCCAUUCAAUUAGUCCAAUUUUUUCCUUAUUUAUAUAUCAUUUAGUAUUCGUAACAGCUUUCAGCUUGACUGGUCAUAUGUUUUUCGGCGAUUCAGCAGAGGAUUUCAAGGACAUGACAAGUACCAUGGUAGCUUUGAUAAUGUACUCGAUUGGUAAAAAAUAUAAAACCUCAAAAAAAAGCAUUUUUUUAACGUGGUAUCACAAUGUUUACUACGCGAUUUAUAUGAUUGGCAGCGUAGUGGUUUCCAGUCUGUAUAUAUCUAUAAUUACUAUCUGUUUUAAUCAAGCAAAGACCGAGUUUUCUAAUAUUGAUGUGUAUACUUUAAAACAUUAUGUCUACGAAUUUGCAACAUACGUAUACAAUUUACUUUGUAUCAAAAUUAAAAAUAAACGUUUGAGAGGAGGCGCUGAAGAAGAGGUUCAAUUUAUCAGAUCCGUAUAUCCGAAAUCUGACGAUUGUAGAUAUGCCGAUUGCCUGACAAUAAACAAACACAGAAUGAAACAGAUGGAGUUAGCUGCAAGGUGCAUCCUGCGCAACAUUAGAGACAACGAAGCACCCCUUUCAGGAAAAGAGAUAGACCUGAUAAAUAACACUAUAUACACGAUGUACUCGAAGGCGCCAAACGAUGAAAAAGAAAUUUUCUUUCAGGAUACAUCAGAUAAUAAACGCUUUAAAUUAGUAGACGAUUUUAAAAUCCAGAAAAUGGAAAUAGUUUGCUCGAAGAUGUUGGAUAGCGAUGAGCAAUGGAAGCUCAAGUAUGAAAAGAGGCAGAAGGAACUCUACGAGAAAAUUAUCAUGCACCACGAAAGGCAACUAAACUGGUUGGUGGAAUAUUUGAACAAAGUAUUUACUUAUGUGGAUAAAAUUCAAUUAUAA